CUGGUGGCUGGAGGUUGAUGUCAGUCUUCAGGACAGGACACUGGAGCAGAAACACUGAAGAUCCGCUGAGGAAAAGUGGGCGAUGUUGCAGUUAGGAUCUUGUUUAUGGACAUUAAGGAAAGGCUUUUGAGAGUUUGUAGGAAUUUCCAAGCGGAAAGGUUGAGGUAGCCUUAUCGUCGCAGUCUUUUUAAAUCACUUCUGAAAGGAAUACAAAAAUGUCGUCUCCAAGUCCGGGCAAGAGGCGAAUGGAUACCGACGUGGUGAAACUCAUUGAGAGCAAACAUGAGGUCACCAUCCUGAGUGGACUGAAUGAGUUUGUGGUCAAGUUCCACGGACCACCUGGAUCAUCGUACGAAGGAGGAGUGUGGAAGGUCAGAGUGGACCUACCAGAUAAAUACCCCUUCAAAUCUCCAUCCAUAGGAUUCAUGAACAAAAUCUUUCAUCCCAACAUUGAUGAAGCGUCAGGAACUGUGUGUUUAGAUGUCAUUAACCAGACAUGGACAGCUCUCUACGACCUCACCAACAUCUUUGAGUCGUUCCUCCCUCAGCUGCUCGCCUACCCCAACCCCAUCGAUCCUCUGAACGGGGACGCAGCCGCCAUGUACCUGCACCGGCCGGAGGAUUAUAAACACAAGAUCAAAGAGUACAUCCAGAAGUACGCCACAGAGGAGGCUCUAAAGGAGCAGGAGGAGCACGGGGGCGACUCCUCCUCCGAGAGCUCCAUGUCAGACUUUUCGGAGGACGAGGCUCAGGACAUGGAGUUGUAGUGAAGGGGAAGACCUUCGCCUCACAACAGACUGUGAUUCCCUAAAGAGCAGAAACUCAGUACUAUAUUCAUAUUUAAACAAGACAAUUUUUUACUGCAACACAAGGAUUUUUAUUGCUACACAAGGAUUUGCAGUAUGAUAUUGCAGAAUAUUAACCCCAUACUUAGGAAUUCAUGACCACCUGCCCCUUUGCCCCCCCCCCCCGAGGGUCUGUUUAGAUCAGAAAGGAGUGCUCAUUCAUUUCCAAGAUCUUUGGUGGCUUCGAUCAAGGCUUUCACGCUGCUCUGCUGAGCAGUGAGACCAACCCACGAGGAAAGAGGACUGACAUAACAUGCUCAAGUUCUUUAUUUUUGUCUUUGUUCAACACUUAACUGCAUCAUCAAGCAUCCUUCUCUGACAGAGAACUGCAGGAUGAAAAUCCACAAUUUCUAAGCAGUCUCUUCUACAAAAGAGCGUGGACUCACAUUUUUUGUUUUAAGUGUCACCUUUUAAUUAGUCUCUGACACUGCUGCCCUGAGGAGUUGCCAUAACAAUCAUCACUUCAGAGGAGCAGAAGGUCACUCUUUGUCCGUCGUGUACAGACUGGUGUGACUGCAGACAGCCUCUCUGACAGGAUUGCCCUCUGUGCAAACCUGCUGACACACACACACCAUCAAACUACCAAUGCAUCAACCACACAACUCCACAGCAUGUGUGUGACUUUAGGUGUGUGUUAGUGUGUGCGUGUGUGUGCAUGCAUGAAUGUAAUCCAGGGAGAACCAUGUCAUAUUGAAAACCUGUGUUGUACUGACCCCUGAGAAUAGAUCACAAAAGAAGACUCACAGUCCUUCUCCUCUUCAACACCCAUCUCCUUUUUCUCUCCGUUUUAGGAAAGUGUUUGUCAUUCUCUGAGUAUCUUUGUAUAUUGUGGCAUGACACCGAAGUAAAGUUGUGUAGGGCUUUGUGGAGCUGUAGAAAUGGGGAGGGCGCCUGUGAGCCGGGGCGGGGUUUGUUGCAGAUUAUCCAGGUCCUUGUUGAAUUGUUGGACUAAAUAACUUGCCUAUUGCUUGUGUUGAACUAUAAUAGGUGUUUGACUUGCGUAGGGAUAGUUCGUUUUUUUUUUUUUUUUGCGGUUGGUGAAUCCUAUCAUAAUGUAUUGUUUAAUACUUAUAUAACACAGUAGUUUAAAGACUAAUUGUCCUGUAUCGAUGAAGAGAAUUAAUACAUCUUUGUCCGUGGGAUGACUCUUUGUGGAAUCAAAUCCUUCAAAGACAUAUUGCACCCCUGCUCCACCUGAACCCCCUUCUUAUGCAAAUGUGUCCAUCAAAGCGGAUUUACGUUGUCAGACAGAAGUGCUCUUUGUUUUAGCCUUUCAACGCUGUCGCAUUUUCUUUGUCAUGCUGUUGAUAGCCUGUUGUUUUUCAAAAUGGUGGGACCAAAAUCUAAUGGAUCCAGAAACGUAGUUAUGUUUACCCCAAAAAACAAGGUUCGAGAAUAAUGAGUCCUAGCGAGAAGAAGAAUUUUUAAAAACAAAUCUUCAAAGCGUUCAACUCUAGUGAAUCUCAGAUUAGUUCAAUCCAGGCAAAGUUUCUCCCUAUUCAGAGGACAGUUUAAGAGCUUUAGCCCAGGGGAGGUUGUGCUUGUAUGUGUGGAGGAGGCGUUACUAGAGCCAGUGACGGAUUACUGUUAAAUCUUAUGAUGGUACACUGGUAUGUGUUGUAGCGCAGGCUUAACGCUUGGUAAAUGUUUGUAACAUGCAUUCACCGCAGUGCAGAUGAGUUUGUAUUAUGUGUUAUUUCUGGAAGGAAACAAAAAUCUGAAUCUUACUUUAUCGCCAUUAAAAUGGGCUAAUUCUUGUUUGGAGAGAAAUGUGAUUAUAUUCAGAAAUGCAAUUAAUAAUCCCUUUUAUAAAAAGGAAAUUAAUAUCUCUUCCAUGCUCUCUUGCCCGAGGGGUAUAUUUGGUAGUUAACAUAGGUUGGUAAAACUAGCAUGUCUAAAAUGGUAUUUGUCAAACAGCCCCGUUAAAAUGGCUCUAAUUAGCCUCGGUCACCAAAUAUAUGUCGAUGUAGGUCUUAGGACUACAAGAUGCCACAGUAAUUUGUUGUUUGCAACAAAAAACAAACCACUGUCCAGCCUGGUUCAUCUGGAUUCAUCAGUGUAUUAUGUAUUUUUUAUUAAUAAGACAUAUAUUUGAUGCCUAUAAUUUUUUUGAAUGUUUUUAUUUUCCUCUUUUAAGCCCUUUCUCCAGGAUACAAGUUAAGAUAUCCCUGAUUUUUAAAAAGCAAAAAAUAAAUGUGCUUCCCUUGUAACUUGAAGAAAGAAAUAAACAACAAAAAAAUG